AUGGGAGGCUCCUUGUCUCGUAUGUGGUCCUUCCUCUGGACGAAGAAGGAGAUUCGCAUCCUCAUCCUCGGUUUGGAUAACGCCGGAAAAACAACCCUUCUAUACAGACUCAAGAUUGGUGAAGUUGUUACUACGAUACCAACCAUUGGUUUCAACGUGGAAUCGGUGACGUAUCGCAACCUGAAUUUCAAUGUCUGGGAUCUCGGAGGUCAAACGUCCAUUCGGCCCUACUGGCGCUGCUACUAUGCGAACACCGCUGCUGUCAUAUUCGUCAUUGAUUCCACAGAUAUUGAACGUCUCAGUACGGCUGCCGAUGAACUAGCGGCCAUGCUGAAUGAGGAGGAGCUUAGUGAUGCGGCGCUGUUGGUAUUUGCCAAUAAGCAGGACCAGCCUGGCGCCAAAGGUGCCGGCGAGAUAUCAGAGGCUCUCAAGCUGGGAGAGCUACGGGAUAGAAACUGGAGCAUCGUCGCAUGCUCUGCUAUCGACGGUAAAGGUCUUAACGAAGGCAUGGAUUGGCUGGUGCAAACUCUACAGUCUGAAAAUGCAUGA